UUUCAGUUAUAAAACUGACAGUGGCGGAUAGAAGUUUAAACCAUGGACAAAAUAUAUCAAAUGUAUUUCAUACUUUGUCUACAUGUUGUUGCUACAUUUGUAAACGGACAAGCAAUGUAUAAAUUACCAAUGCAGACUCGAAAUGCCUUUGACGAAACAACUGACGAACAAAAAAACAGAGCAAGAGAAUUCAUGGUGGAAGUUUUUUCAAACAUCGAGGCAGGCAUCAACAGAAGGUUUCAUAACCUUCAAAUUGAUUUGAGAAGUCGUGAUGUGGAAAUCUAUAAGUUAAAGCAAAUGCUAAUAAAACAGGGCUUUGACCUAGGGGGGGGGAUAAUCUAUCUCAACAUGGCGACAUGUUUCAACAAAAUGGAGAACUGUCGUCGAGACAGAGACAGAAAUAAAACGAGUUUCUCAAGAAAGCAAAGACGCAGUUAGAAAACUCAGGCGGGAAAAUAAGGUUCUAGAAAAUGAGAAUAGAAUAUUGUCGACACGUCUUGAUGCAACGCAAGCAGUUCUCAUAUUAAUGUCCGAACGAACGAGCCUGAAGAUGAAUGAGUCUGAUGGUUUUACUAAUUUGAACCAAAUUGUUCAGAAGAUUAAUAGCAUGGAAGACAGGCUGGAUUAUCUAAAUGACUCUAUUCAGGAGAUGAAGAACUCGUCUGCUGAACAUGUCCUGAUUUUAAACACUCGGGAUGGAAACCUGGAGGAGGAAAUUGACAUUUUACGACGAAAUGUGUCUGCUGUUGAUAGAUCGGUUCAACUGGACGCAAAUGAAAGAAAAUCUCUUCGGAAUGUGCACGAACAACGUUUUUCGAACAUUACUAAUGCGAUGAAGAAUACUCAAAACCAGAUGAUUUCCAAUCAAUUAGAAGCAACUGAAAGAAAAAAUGUACACGAAGAACGAUUUUCGAACAUCACAAACGCGAUGGAUAGUAUUCAAAACAAGAUUAGAUCUGUUCAACUGGAAGCAAAUGAAAGAAAGUCUCUUGUAAAUUUGCACGAACAACGUUUUUUGAACAUUACAAAUGCAGUGGUUAGAAUUUCAAACCAGAUGGAAUCCGUGCAACUCGAAGCAAAUGAAAGCAAAUCUCUCUUAAAUGUGUACGGGCUACGUUUUCUGAACAUCACAAACUCGAUGGAGAGUGUUCAAAACCAGAUGAAUUCCCUUCAAAUAAAAGGAAAUGAAAGAAAAUCCCUUAUAAAUGUUCACGAACAACGUUUUUCGACAAUCAUAAAUACAAUGAAUAAUCUUCAAAACCGGAUUAAUUCAAUGGUGCGUGUAAGAUUGGUUGGAGGAAGCACAGCUAGAGAGGGACGAGUGGAGGUUUACCACUCCAAUGUGUGGGGGACAAUCUGUGAUGAUAAGUGGGGUAGCUCUGAUGCAAGAGUUGUUUGUAGAAUGCUUGGAUACUCGGGGUCUUACACUGCCUACGAUGGCGCUCAUUAUGGACAAGGAACAGGACAGAUUUGGUUGGAAAAUGUUGAGUGUUCAGGAUCAGAGUCCACAAUAUUCUCCUGUAGGCACGGUAGUUGGGGUGCUCAUGAUUGUUCUCAUGGCGAAGACGCAUCCGUCAAGUGCACUUAA